UUUCCCUCCAGAGGCUUAAAGAGAUUUUAUGUUUUUGAAGAAGAAAAGAGAAGUUAAAAAAAAAAGUGCCGAAAUCUGCCCAGAAAAGAAACACCGAAGAGGCGGAAAAACCCUAAUACUAGUACGACUGGUCUUAGUAAUUGUAGCGGUUUUUGUAUGUAAAAAAGGCUCCCUACUCUCACUCUCUCACUGACUGUAACAUUCACCAAACAACAAACACUGCACCCUUCUCUUAGUAAACCAAAUGCCGGAGGCCCACACCAUAGCCAGGCCACUCAAGAGACGUCGCAGGACUACCAGAGUCACCGCCGACCUCUCCCAUUUCCUCGAUUUUCCUUCCCCCGCCGUCACUGCCUCCGCUUCCGGAAAGCCUUUCCGCGACGCCGUCAGAAGCUUCCUCUCCACUAACGCCCGCCUGACCACGGCCUUUGCGCCGCCGCUCCUUCCCGCCCUGAUGACGUGGCAGAUCCUGUUUAGAGUUGAUGAUUGUUUUAUCGAUGCGGGCGAUUCCUCGUCGAUCGUCGUGGCGUUUUAUGUCGUCGAGGAGGACGUCACGAGAUCCUCUAGAUCUGUCUAUUGUGACCAGUGCCGAGUAGUUGGUUGGAGCGGUCAUCCAGUUUGCAGAAAGAGAUAUCAUUUUAUAAUAAGGUGUUGUGAUAACGCCAUCAAUGAUAAAGAAAACAAGUCAUGUCCAGGAUGCGCCAAUCUUCUGCAUUUCUUAGAAUCAAGGAGGUGCAGGCGUUGUAACGGUGGGGAUGAUGAUGUUGAAGAAUGGGAGUAUUCACAGUUUCAAGACAAUACUCAUUUGCUGCAUGGAAUUGUUCACUCCAAUGGUUAUGGCCAUCUUCUUAUUGUCAAUGGCAGAGAAGGAGGCUCCAACCGUCUCUCUGGUUUUCAAAUCAUGAACUUCUGGGAUAGACUCUGUACAACUCUCUCUGUCAGAAAGGUAACUGUGAUGGAUGUAUCAAAAAAAUAUGGAAUGGAAUACAGGCUACUUCAUGCAAUUACCAGAGGUCAUUCCUGGUUUGGUAACUGGGGUUAUGAAUUUGGAUCAGGAAGCUACGCCGUCACACAAGAUGCUUACAAGAGAGCAGUGGAUCAACUUUCGAGCAUGCCCUUGUCCACACUUUUGUUCCAAGGGUGUAAGUCCCAUACUCGCCUUCAGAACAUCAUUACCUUUUAUCAGUCCUUAUCAUGUUCAGAACUUUCAACACUGAAGGAUCUGUUUUCAUUCCUCCUAAAACUGAUCACUGAAAGCCAUAAGACCUCAAUGCCUAAAACAUCUAAAAUGUCAGAAUCUUCCACAAAUGUAUUGUGUGCAUGGACAAGAAAUGAUGUAGAAUCUUUGCAGAAAGCUAUGAUUAAAGUGCUAAUGGCUGCAGCUGUGGGUUUCAACUGGGUGACUAGGCGUGCUCUUAAGGGUGUCAUGUGCAAGGCAGCCUCCUCUGAACUUCUUGAUUACUGCCUUAAGCACUUGAGAGGGAAAUUGACAGCCAAUGGCAUGGUGGUUGAAGCCCGUUGCAAUCCAAACUCCAGUGAUUUUGAGUUCAGGCUUCAGCCUCUACGCUCUUUCCAAUAUGAAUCUAGCAUGGACUCAAAUUGCCCAUCAGAAGAGCACAUCAAAGGUGAUUUGAAAUUUUUGUUGGACUCUUUAAUCCUACCUGAAACCUUGUUAACUUACCUACCUCAAGCUACAAGGGGAUGUGUGAUUGACUCGACUACUAAGCUUCUUGAUUGCAAGCAAUUUGUGAAAGACUACAAACCAUGUGCUUACAAUUCCUCUGCUAUCUGCACUUGGUGUCAUUUAGAGCUUUCUGACCCUGCCAAUGAUGAUCCAGUUCCUCCACCUGAACUGAUUGUUUUACCUCGUGAUGCUACCAUUGGCGACCUUAAAACGGAAGCUACAAAAGUUUUUGAAGAGGUAUAUGCAAUGUUUAAAAGGUUUCAAGUCAAGGAUCUUCUAGACUAUGGUUCCGUAAAGGACAACAUAACUCUGAAAUUAUUGGUUGGCACAACUGGAUCAGUUCGAGUUCAAGGAAGAUGUGCAUCAAAACAUGGACUCAACCGUUUCCGGAUGGAGAGGGGAACAGAAAACUGGACAGUUGACUGCACUUGUGGGGCAAGGGAUGAUGAUGGUGAGAGAAUGUUGGCUUGUGAUAUGUGUGGCGUUUGGCAGCACACAAGGUGUGCUGGAAUUGACAAUGCUGAUGCAAUACCUGCAAAGUUCACAUGCAUGAGAUGUACUAACUCCUUUCAUAAGAAAUCUGUAAGCAUCCCAAGUUCUGGAAAGGAAGCUAGAAGGUUUUCUCAACUUGACACAACAUGUAGGGGGGUAGUAGGAAGUGAUGGUCCUCAAAUAACUACUACCUUGAUUGUACGUUAAAUGUAUGUAUAUUUGUGUGUAAACACGUAAAUAGUUGCCCUUUA